AUUAAUCCCACAACCCUUACAUCUACUCCCACUCUCUCCACUACGAAAACCCUAUAUUUCAACAUCCCCAGCGCCGCUUUUGGAGAUUUUUGAUUUUCUCGACCAAAUUUUCCGAGGGAAUUAGCUUUCAACGCUGAAAUCGACUCGGAAACCCCGACUAAUUUCCAAUAGAUCGAAAAUGCCGAAGAGGGGUCGUCCGCUAUCGCAAGUAACAGAGGCUGCAGAAAAACGAGUAAGAUCGGAACUCGAUGAUGCAGUCGAUGAUUUGAUUCCGGUAGCUUUGGCACAGAAAUUGAGGGAUCGGUUGGCAGCGGCUCCCCCUAGUACCUCAGUAGCUGAUGUUCAACAGAAGCAAGUUAAGGGAAGAAAGACUGACCGACUUUACUGCAGACGAACACCAUCGGAGUUUUUGAAUUGCUUGAAGCAAUUAAAUCCGAGGCAGAGAAGGGCUGUGACAGAAAUAGGUUUCGGUGCAGUACUCUGUUUCGACAUUAAAGAAAUACCCAGCUUUCUUGCGUUUUGGGUGUUGAAUGCCGUCAACCUCGCCCGCUGCCAAAUACAGCUUCCUGGUGGUGAAGCACUCACUUUGGACGAAGAGGACGUCCACUUGACAUUGGGAUUUCCAAGGGGCCCUACACAGAUAUCGAGACCGGACGUCCCUCAGACAAAUUUUGUCUAUAACGACUUGGUAGCUGAAAGGUGUCAAAAGGGACGGUUUAAGAUGAGCCCGAAGGACAUCUCGGAGUUAAUGAUGGCUGACACUGGGGGGGUGAAGAUUUCAAGAAGCUCUUCACUGGAGAAUGCGUUAAUCGAGACACCUAGUGAUGGGCAUUGCAAGCCAAAAAUUCUACACUUCAUCGAGGAUGCGCAAGAUAUUAAAAAUUUGAAUUGGUGUGGGUAUGUGCUAUCCGUCCUAGAGGCAACGUUUCCAAGCUACGCAAAAGGACAAAGUGCUUUGUUCAAUGGACCAAUACAUUUCUUAGUGUGCGCCUACGUCGACCGCGUAGUACAUAUUCGGAGACGGGUCAUCCGCGCAUGGCCAACGAUGAAGGGUUGGACCCUCGAGUCUCUUAAACAGAACAGGAGCUUCAAGGGGAUGACGAGAUCACAACACGACUGA